AUGAUCUUUCCGCUCCACUUUGAGACGUACCCAGAGCUCAUUCCCCUGCGUCAAGUUGCCGAGAAGCUGGCUACGGCCGAUGACUGGCCACGCCUGUAUGACGAGCAGCAGCUGCGCAACAACUCGGUCCCCGUGUACGCCAUGUCGUACGUCGAGGACAUGUACGUCGACUACGACUUUGCCAGGCAGACUGCCAAGCUUGUCAAGGGUACCAAGGUGGCCGAGACCAACAUGAUGUACCACUCUGCCCUGCGGGCCAAGUCGGAAGAAGUGCUGCAAACCCUGUUCAGCUUGAGGGACGACGUUCUCGACUGA